ACAAGUUAGUAUAAGGCACAACUCGUCUAACUAAUGCCAAAAACGGAUUAAAUGGAUUAACGUGCGCCGCCUUCAAGGAGCGCAAAACGAAAGACUUAGGCAAAAAACUUGAAAUGUCCAAGCCAAGUGCCGACAGCAGAGUUGUCGGGAAAAAUUAUUAUGCAGCAGCAAUUACUCGCCAAUUGUCGACGAUAAAAACAAGCAAAGAGAACUGCGAGAGAAGAGAGAAAAACUUGCCACCUGAGAUGUGUCUAAAAGGCGAUAAUCCCGACAACAACUAUCGAGAGUCCGACCGAGUCUUUGUGUGGAGUCUAGACAACGGUUCUAUGUUGGUUCCUGGUUAUGACCAAAUGCAGCAGCGGGAGCUAACACAGCGGCAGCCUCUAGGUGAUUAUUUUUAUUAUAAUUGUGCGUUUAUUGGCGUGAGGAAAUGUUCGAAUGUAUCUGAGAAUCUGAGUCCCAUUCCCAUUCCCGUUAACUGAUAUUGAGGCCCCCAUCUAAUUGUGUCGCCAACUGGCCCGAACAUUGUGCUAAUGACGACGACACCUUCAACGAAGGCGACACAAUCUUUGAGCGCUGACUGGCGGCAACACUUUUGGUGCCCCGCCUGCUUCUCUUCCCCCGUCCUCCUCAGACCUUAGCGAUUGCAUCGCCAAUGCAACGUAACUCAAGCAUCCCACUAAUUUUGCCAUAUAUGUCCAAGUGGUACGGCCAACGGCAACAAACGGUGGCAACAUCAACGGAGCAACAGCAACGGAGCAACAUCAACGCCAACGGCAACGACUUUAGCAAAACGGCAACAGCUUUGAUUUGCAGCGCAAACUUGGCGCUUGUCGUACAACAUUUUUUGCCAAGACAUGAAUUUUGGCCAUUUCUAUGACCAUUUAGCCAUUCAAAAGACUUUUGCCGACAAAAUGCAUAGAUAAUUCUUCCUAUCAGCUCGCUUGUAUCAUCAUUAAAACUAGCAGAGAUCAACAAGAUGUGUGGUUAUAAAGUUGUUCAAAUAAGUUGAAACUUUUUGAUGGAAUUGUCAAUUAUAAAAAGCAAAUUUAAGUGUGG